AAAAGCGGAGUGAAAUACGGCUGAAUUUGAUAACAUAGGUUUGUGUGAGAUUUUCCAAGAAAAAGUGACUUUUGUAUAAAAAUGGCCGUUCGCAGCAACUCAUUGAUGCCCUUCUCAAUUCAAGCAAUAUUGAACAAGAAAGACGACUUUCGACAUAUAAAAGAUCUGGACGUAUGCUUUUCCAAGGCUGCUUGUUGGAAAAUAUUUGGGGAAAUGGACGCCGCGCCAGAUGAGAUGUCCUCUCCAUGUAAAAGCGACGAGGGAGCUUGCAUAAUGGUCAACCGUAAAAGCUAUGACUCUGACUCUGGUCUGAGUGAGGAUAAUGACAGCAAGACGCUGUCCGCUUGCAAGACCGAGUUGGAUCGGGAUGGACCGGCCUCAGACGCACUAGAAGAAAGCUUUCAAGACGAGACAGACCAGGAAUCCACUGCUGUGGAGAAUACGAAGAGUCUUAGCGACUGUGAACUUUCUGCCAACGUCUCUGAUUCCAAUAACUUGGAUGAGCCAGGUUGUGAGAAAAGUUCCGAUCUGCCUAAACAGCGGAAAAAACGCUCCAGGGCCGCCUUCUCACAUGCGCAGGUUUUCGAGCUGGAAAGGCGGUUCAACCACCAGCGGUACUUAUCCGGACCAGAGAGAGCCGACCUGGCCGCCUCCUUGAAGCUCACAGAGACCCAGGUCAAAAUUUGGUUUCAGAACCGCAGGUACAAAACAAAACGUCGCCAAAUGGCUGCCGACAUGUUAGCCUCGGCACCAGCAGCGAAGAAAGUGGCAGUGAAAGUUUUAGUACGGGACGACCAGAGACAAUACAACCCCGGAGAUCUACUGCGGCCUCCGCUCCUCUCUCUGCAGCCUUCAUAUUAUUACCCGUAUGCGUACUGCCUGCCAGCAUGGACCCUCUCGGCUUGUGCUGGAAACCAGUGAGACAAACAACACCCAGUAUUUAUUUGAAAGCAUGAACUAAUACAGCCGUUUGAUUGUGAAUACAGAGCAACUCUUACAGAAGAAGGGAGUAAACACCAACAGACAUGAAAUUGGCGCUGCCUAAGAACAGUUUUGAUGGCUCUCUUAAUAUCUCCCCAAAAGGUUGAGCGCCUUUGGCUGGUGAUCUUAUGACACUCGUAGGCAUAUGUUUCAGAGUGUAUGGAAUGUUAUUGGUUAAUCGUUCAUUGGGGGCUGAAGCCCUUGAGGUCCUAUGAAAAACAUCAGCUUUCCUAGUGACGCUGGGAAUAGAACAGUAACUGCGUUUUGCUGUCUCCGGUGAUAGGGUAUAACGGUAAGAUUUUCCGGCACUUCUCCCUCACAUAGACAGUGUAAUCUUCUGCCCAGUGGAAUUAUGAAUUUAAGUGUUUUGUUUAACUUGUUUAUCUGUACGUGAGCCGUGGCAUUAGGAAUUAUGGAGCAUUCUAUCAAAAUGUACUUGUUUCCUAAUAGUUCUCGGUUGUUAUGUUUAUUGAGAAAAGAAACCAAACAUUAAAACAUAUUAAGUUCACACAGUGUUUUUUCUCGUGUUUUUACUUCCAAUC